CGGGUGUUUGCUUUAUUUUGACGGAAAGCUGCGUACCUAAUCUGGCAACAUGAGAAACAGCCCCUGCCUCAGUUGUAAAUGGCGACCGUGAACACGGUGGACUGUAAACAUCCACGGUUUUAACUGUCGGUUCAUGCCCGGUGCUGGCAAGAGGUUUACUGAUAAAGAGACGAAAACGAAACAAACGUUGAACUGAUGGAGAGGAGUGACAGCGAUGGCGAAAAUGACAAAGAGUUUGAAGUGACCGAGCUGCGGCUGAAAGUGGAGGCCCUGAAACAGGAGCUGAAAGAGUGCCGAGCUGAGCUGGCAAAGUUACAGAAACAACUAAGUCAGUCUGAGAGACUGCAGAGAAGCACCGAGUGCUACAACGAGGACCUGAGAAAACAGGUUGACCAGCUGAGUGCAGAGAUUCAUGAGCGCAAGAAGAAAGAUAAAGAGAAAAUCGAUAGUGAAACUCAGACAGAAGAACAAAUAUGGACAGAAAGCGAUUAUUACGCCUAUUAUUAUGGCGGCUACUAUCAGAACGCAGAGGCUGCAGAUGCUCAGGAAGAGCCAGUCACAGCACCAGUGGAUCCAGCUGUUGGCAGCGAGGUGACGGACAUGUCAGCACAAAAUGAAGAGGGCUUGUCAGUUCAACCGGACCACACUGCUGUUGUCACAGGAGAGGAGGCUGAUGGAGGUUCCAUAGCUGACAUGUUGAGGGCCACCGCUGAGGAGGCCAUGACGCAGACUGGGUUCGUCUUUGAUGAGACAACUGGGAUGUACUAUGACCACAGCACAGGCUUCUACUAUGACUCGGUCAGUCAGCUGUAUUAUGAUGCCAACACAGGCAUUUACUACUACUACGAUGCAGAGAGCGGCCGAUACCAGUUUCAUUCCAGAAUUGAAGUGGCAGUUUCACAAAGUGCUGCAGAUCCAAAUCAAGACAUUGGCCUUUCUGAACGAAAAGGCAGAAAGCUCAAGAAGGGCAUGAAGAAAACCUCAUACCAGGAUAACAAGGAACACAUACUGGAUGAGGUAAAGUUGGAAGAAGAGUCUGCGAACCAGCCAUUAGUGAAGAAGUCUACAGCAUCACAUAAAGAGAAAAGACGUUCUCUGAGUCCAGACAUGGCUCCACGUAGAAAACGCUGUUCUUCUAAACACCCAGAGGAGAGUGACAAAUAUCCUAACAAGAGAAAGAAGCAGAAAAACAGUUCACGCCAUGGUGAAAAGCGAAGCUCAAGGAAGAAACGCAAGAAAACCAAGUCGGAAAAGCAUAAAAAGAAAAAAAGCUCCAAAGAUCGGAGCAGUGACUCUGAUGGGAACAGCGAGCCAGAAGAAGGUGAAUUAAUGGAAUCGGAGAAGGAGUGGGAGUCCACACCCUCACACUCGGUAUCUUCUGCUUACUCUUCUAAGGAAAGCCCAAUGUCUGAGAUGGAGACUCCCAGUCAUGAAGAUGUUUGGCCACCCUGUGUACGAGUGACAGUGGUCAGGUCUGCAGUGAUACAAGUUGGCACUCUGUUCAUCAUCACAGCUGACUCUCCGGCUACUAUUGGCAGAGAGAAAGAUAUGGACCACGCAAUUCGAAUUCCUGAAAUGAGCGUCAGCAAGUUCCAUGCUGAGGUGUACUUUGACCACGACCAGCAGAGCUACAUGCUGGUGGAUCAGGGCAGUCAGAAUGGAACAGUCAUCAAUGGCAACAGAAUCUUACAGCCCAAAACCAAGUGUGAGCCACACGCACUGAUGCACGGUGAUGAGGUGAAGAUGGGCGACACUGUGCUGUCUUUUCACAUCCACUCAGGAAACGACACCUGUGACGGCUGUGAGCCCGGACAGGUCAUGGCUCAUCUCAGCAAGCACAGGCGGGAGGAGACGACGGGCUGCACUCUCAGCAAGGAGGAUAAAGAAGCUCUGCGACAGAAGGAGCUGAAGCAGAUGAAAGCCAAAUAUGGCCUGCAGAGUAAUGAGUUUGAGGAGGCCAAAACCCUGAGAAACCCAAAAUACAAAGAUAGAGCAGAGUCCCGGCGGCAGACGGUCGGCAGCGAGGGCGUUUUCCAAAGAGAUGAUGCGCCUGCUUCUGUAAACGAGGAGAUCAGUGAAGUCAAUAAAGGGCGGAAGAUGUUGGAGAAGAUGGGCUGGAAAAAAGGAGAGGGGCUGGGUAAAGAGGGAACUGGAAUGAAAGACCCGAUUGAGUUAAAACUUCGGAAGUCACAUGCAGGUUUGGGGGCCAGCACUGCCAUUUCUCUGGACGAUGUGUCUUUAAACAGGUCAAAGUCCCAGAAGAACUGGGAGAAAGCCCGUGAGAGGUUUGCCGAGUCAUGUCAGCCUGACACGCAGUCGUUCAAAACGCAGAACAGCUCACCCAAAGCCUGGGUCCGAGCAGAUGAGACUGACACAAACGGACAAAGUUAGGAAUAAGCGUGUAUAUUUAAUAAAUGUAGUAUAUGAGUAAAUGGAACGGUUUGGUAUGUGCGAUCUUGUUCUUUGAGAGCUGUGAGAUACUGUAUGUAUAUGACAGUUAUAAAUAGUGUACUUGUACUUUGUGUAUUUUUGGAUUAAUCUUCAUAAAUCCUCCAGAAGCCAAAUGA